AUGGCGUUCCAACUGGUAAGAGCCACCAGCCGCCCGCCUGGGCAGGGCGGGGCGGAACCGCGGUCCCGGCCGCAGCAGCUAACGGUCCGCGCGCAGCUCCGACCGGCCCUGCCGUACCCCCUCCCCCGCUCGGAGCGCGCGUGUCCUGGGCGGGGCGCGGGUCACGUGCCCGCGGGUGUGGGCCUCGUGGAGGGGUGUUUGCCGUCGCACGUGAGACCUGAAGCCGCUGGCAGUGGAGGCUUACGCCCCCAGCAGGAGGCGGGGGCGGGUGGCCCGGGGAGGGCGCGCGCUGCUGGCGGCGAUGACGCCCUGGGCCUACGGUCAGUGGAAAGCGCAGCGACGUCAGAGUCUCCUAAAGAGCCUGAACAGCUGCGGAAGCUCUUCAUCAGAGGGUUGAGCUUUGAAACAACUGAUGAGAGUCUCAGGAGCCAUUUUAAGCAGUGGGGAACACUCACGGACUGUGUGAUAAUGAGAGAUCCAAACACCAAGCGCUCUAGGGGCUCUGGGUUUGUCACAUAUGUCACUGUGGAGGAGGUGGAUGCAGCCAUGAAUGCAAAGCCACACAAGGUGGAUGGAAGAGUUGUGGAACCAAAGAGGGCUGUCUCAAGAGAGGAUUCUCAGAGACCAGGUGCCCACUUAACUGUGAAGAUCUUUGUUGGUGGCAUUAAAGAAGACACUGAAGAACAUCACCUGAGAGAUUACUUUGAACAGUAUGGAAAAAUUGAAGUGAUUGAAAUCAUGACUGACCAAGGCAGCGGCAAGAAGAGAGGCUUUGCUUUUAUAACCUUUGAUAACCAUGACUCUGUGGAUAAGAUUGUCAUUCAGAAAUACCAUACUGUGAAUGGCCACAACUGUGAAGUAAGGAAAGCCCUGUCAAAGAAAGAAAUGGCUAGUGCUUCAUCCAGCCAAAGAGGUCGAAGUGGUUCUGGAGACUUUGGUGGUGGUCGUGCAGGUGGUUUUGGUGGGAAUGACAACUUCAGUCGUGGAGGACACUUCAGUGGUCGUGGUGGCUUUGGCAGCCGUGGUGGUGGUGGUGGCAGCUAUGACAGCUAUAACAACGGAGGAGGCGGAGGCGGCUUUGGCGGUGGUAGUGGGAGCAAUUUUGGAGGUGGUGGAAGCUACAAUGAUUUUGGCAGUUACAACAAUCAGUCUUCAAAUUUUGGACCCAUGAAGGGAGGAAAUUUUGGAGGCAGAAGCUCUGGCCCUUAUGGUGGUGGAGGCCAAUACUUUGCCAAACCUCAAAACCAAGGUGACUAUGGUGAUUCCAGCAGUAGCAGUAGCUAUGGCAGUGGCAGGAGGUUUUAA